AUGGGGGACGUCAGUAAUAGUGCUGAUAUUACCACCAUGGACGAAUUCGUAGAUACGUUCACAGAAACGCUGCUCUCCUGGAGUAGCCAAUCGACCACAGACGUUGGACGUGGACGUCGAAGUACUGAUUCUUCCUCCUCGCAGUCAUCGGAAUAUGUAAAUGUAAAUUGCAAUCUCAUGUGCAUCAUAGAGACGCAAGGUGAGGGGCCGAAUCGGCAGAUCCUCGUCUGUACUUCCGGAAGCAUGGGCAGCCAUAGGAAGGGCAUUCCUGUCCGGACGACCUGUGUGGAACAUGCCUCUGGUAGACUUUUGCAUAUGAUAAUUGCCGUUCCCGAUGCUUCAGCAGACUAUCUAGAUAACGACUUCGCCAAGGCUGUGAGCGAUGCACUGCUUGCAAUGACACCCGAACCCGAAACGCUCUAUCUUACUAUCGAAAUCCCCCUUUUAAUUUUGCAUCAAAAUGACUUCACGGCACUCUCUUCAAAAGUGCGACGCCUUUCGAUCUACCUUGGGCAGGCUCUUCAUGUGGAUCCCAACGUUUUGACGGCAUUAUCAUUGGAGUCGUUUUCAUUUGAGGGCUGUCGACUAAAAAAGACGCGAGUUUUUCAGAACGAAUCACGACAUUGCGAUGUCAACUUUCUCUACACCUGUCCGAAAAUAGGCGAAUUAGUAUUAUCGGUGGAUAGAACGGGCUGGACAAGGCUCUGCUCUGAGAGUUCAUACAAUCACGCCAACAAGCAACAUUUCGAGAAACAACCGGCAUGCGGUUGCAACGAUUACAAAUCCCCCUUAGAAGCUCUUCAUAGUUCUAAAAAGGUAUAUUCAGAUCUCCAACAUGCUUUGGAUUCGGAGUACAAACAACUAUUUCAAAUUUCUAUUGCCACAAAUUUGAUUUUAAGUUUUACAAUAUUAAUUAUCUGCCUGUUCACAGUAAUCCAGUAUGUACAGAAUUAUCAAGGAUCAAAUGGGAACAAAGCCUAG